AUGGCUGCUACGUGGGCAGAUAUCCAGAAAUUAGCGGCGGAUUUGCAAAGAGUUCAGCUUGCUGGGGGAGCAAAAAGGUUAUCAGAAAAGAAUUGCGUGGAGGUCGUCUCUAUGUUAUUGGCUGCUAAAGAAAUUGAUAUUGUGUUUACUGUGGACGGGCGUGAGUAUCUAACAAAAAAACACCUUGUAACAGAAGUAAAGAACGAAUGUAUUGGAAAUGGCGGUAGAGUUUCUUUGUCAGAACUCGCUCACACGUUAAAUGUCAAUUAUGAGCAUAUCGAGGAAGCAGUACAGUCGAUUUUGAAGCAGACAAAUUCAUUUGAGCUCUGCAAUGCAGAGCUCAUCUCUAAGUUUGCUUUCUUUUUACAGCUUAGCGUCUUUAACAAAGAUUAUGUGCAUAGUCUUUACAAGAAGAUGAAUGAAACUCUCCAGUCUUCUGGUGUUCUGUCUAUCUCCCAAAUCGCAAAAACGUGGGAUCUUCCUUCAGAAAUUCUAAAUAAUCUUGUUCUGAAGGAAAUAAGCGCAAAUAUAGAUGCCAUACAAGAUGGAGAUAAGAUCUACACAAAAACGUAUCUUAAGAGCCAAAAAAAUCUUCUUCGGGCAGUAUUAAAUUCUUUGACAAGAGUGACUUCCAUAUCGCGAAUUAUGCCCUAUUUGAAUUUAUCUAUGCCACUUUUUUGGCGACUUUAUGAUGAGCUUUCCGCAGAGCAAGAGAUAUUUGGGACUGUUCAAGGAGGUCGUUCGUCCUAUCAUGCCUAUUUUGUUCCAGUCUUGUACACUUAUUUAGUCAAAUCCUUUGUAAAGAAGACUUUCGAAAGAGAAAACUUGUUAGAAGUCUCGACCUUCAGUAAACUCGCAGUAUCGGAUCCAGUUGGGAUGCUAAAAGAGGUUUUCUCUCAAGAUGAAUAUUCUUCAUUGAUUUUUUUUCCGUCGGUUAUUGUUUCGGAAUCUCGAUGGGGUAAUAUCGUGGAUGAAGUGACGGAAGAAAUGAAAAAACAGCAUUUUGCUGAUGUGUACGCUCAUCUGCCUCCAUCUUUUUCCACUGAUGAAGAUGUGGAAAAGGCGAUUUCGAUGUGCCUUCAUACCAAUAAAGAUUGGCGGUCUGUCUCUGGUCUCAAUAUGAUCUACGAACAACAGCUUUUGGUCCAAGCACUGAGGGCUCUGGACAAGUACAUUUCUGAAAAGGCUGCAACGGAAGCAGUCUUGUGGGAGAGGAAGUCGAAACUUAUGACAAAAGCAGAAAGACAAAAACUGGAUAGUGAGUCUGAGGUCCCAAAGAGUAAAAGAAGUAAAGGUGGGAGGGGAAGAGCAGGAAGGCAAUCAGCGAAGGAUGUCAUUGAUUCAGAACCAGGUCCUGCUUCCGUUGAUUUUGAGGACAUCAAGCAGAAUUUAGAAGCUUUGGGAAACUUUCCUCUAGAACUUCUGGAUGAGAUAACUGAACAGAUCCUGGACACCGUUGCAAUAAACCUUAAAACUCGCAUUGAAUCAAUACUUCAGAAUUCUAGAAGCGUAUCCAUAAAAGAAGAAAAACAGUCGCAUGCAGUAUUUAAGGAAAACAUGCAGAAUUUAUAUGACCAGAUUUGUAUGUUCGAGGACGGCAGCUCUGCUUUCCCUGAAGAAGACUGUGAACGACUGUCUAUGCAUCUUUUUAAAACAUUGUGUACUGACGCAGCGAAUUUGGUUUUAUCGUUUGUUCGCGAUGAUACUAUUAGUGCAAUCGAGAACCCGGCAUUGCGAGAAGCAGUAUCACAGCUUUUUCUUUCAGUCGGGCAUUAUAAUUUCGAAAGUUUCCAUGACUCACUAGCUAAAAUUUCUUCUCCUGCUCUUUGCUCAAUCAGUUUAAAGACGCCAGACAAAAAACGUCGGAGUUGGUUCGCUGUAUUUAGGAACGAGCUAGUCAGAUUGUAUGCCGAAGGCCUUGAGAAGCGUCUGGAGGAGUGCGCAGAUUCUGCCACUGGAUUACUGGUCGCACUUUUGCUUAUUUUCGCCAGAAAACACAUUGCCGUUCAUGCUACUGGGAAGUUUGUUUCGAGGCUGAUAAAAGAGGUAUUAUUCAUUUGA